AUGACCCAACCUCCCACCGCCCAGGCUUUGCUUGAGGUGGACGCCAUGCUCCAGCAGCUCAGCUCCCAGCCCAAUCCCAUUAGUCUGCCCCCGCCGCCGCCUAUGCCGACCGCGGUGGGCGCGGAGGCUGGCGUUGGGGCCGAGAUCCCGACCGCCGACUCGCCUGUCGUCCUCCCGGCCAAGCCCAGCUCGGCGCCGGGCCCCGCCGCCGACUCGCAACACCUGUCGGCCAUCCCCGCUCUGCCGAGCGUCCUGAGCGCCGGCGGGACAGACGACCACCUGGAGGACGCCGUGGCCGCCGCUCUGGCCAUCGUCGACUCCACCAGCCAGGCGGCGCCCGAGCCGGAGGCCGUCCCCGCGCCGGUGGUCACCGAAAGUGCCGAGCCUCCGGCCGCCGAUGUGGCCGCCGCCACCUCGGCCGAUGCCCCCACAUCGGCCGACGACCUGAUUAGCGCCAUGAACGCCCUUGACCAGGAGUCCACCCACCUGCCGGCCUUCAACUCGCGCCGGGCCACCCGCCAGUCGGUGGUCUUCGGCCACGGGGCCUCGCCGGUGGCCAACUUCAGCUUCAGCUCGGCUGCCGCGGCCAUGGUCGCCUCCGAUCUGACCCCGGAACAGCCUCAGCCCGAUGUUACCGACCACUGUGUCGAUUCCAUCGAGAAGCAAUUCAUGUACGGUGCCCUGCUGUCCCAGCAGUGCGAGCUGACCGAGCCCGCGGCCACUGGUCCCGACUCGGCCGAGGAUGUUUCCUAUGUUCUCGGGUCUCCGGCGCCCGCCAGCUCCUCCGGGAAUACCGCCACCGACACGCUGACCGCCAACCCGGAAAGCCUCUCUGAGGAUGAAGCCUAUUCCGCGGUCGCUGAGACAGCCGCCGGGCCCGCCGCCGCCGUCCCCGCCGCCGUCGUCGACUCGGCCACUCAGUCCGACUCCGAGUCGGAGCUUGAGGCCACCGAGAUCACCGAGCUUGCUGAGCCCACCGAGGACGCCGAGCCCACCGAGGCUGCCGACUCCACUGAGGAUGACCAGCCCGCCGACUCCGCCACCAAGCCCGGCUCCGUGCCGCCACCGAUUGACACCACCGCCCCGGAGGCCGAUGCCCAGGCCAUGGCUCAGCUCCUGUCCCCGGAGAACGGCAUCGUCGCCGACCCGCGCGGGAUUGUCCCGGCCACGGUCAUGGAGAAACUUGUGGUUCGCGUUCCUUCGGCCAUGAUCCUGUCCGACUCGAAGGUCUCUCAGAGCAUCGUCUACGUGGGGGCCUUCUUCCACAACAACAUCGAGCAGUGGCGCAUCAACAAGAGCUACUCCCAAUUCGUCGAGCUGGAUGCCAAGCUUCGCAAGGAGUACCCGCUGAUGGUGGACAAGGUCGGCUCCAUCCCCGAGAAGGUCAUGCUCAACCGCCUGUCGCCGGUGGUCGUCGAUGAGCGAAAGGCCCAGUUCGAGAGCUACCUGGCCAACAUGAUGAAGUACCUCACCACAUGGCCCACGCUGCUGGCAUUCAUCACCACCAACAUCCAGGACAAUGCGUCCGGGUGGUCGCUGUCGUCCGGGCGCACGCGCGCCGGCGAGCAUGCCAGCUACAUGCUGAAGCGCGGCAGGCGCCUUGGCGUGUGGAAGUCCCGUUUCUUCGUCUUCCGCGGUGACCAGCUCCUCUACUUCACCAAUGACACCGAGGCCGAUGCCGAGUCCCAGGGCCAGCAGAAGGUCAGCCCUCUCGGGGCGAUCCCCCUCCCGGGUGCCCAUGUGAGCAUUGUGGCCGACGACCCGUCCCAGGGCAUUCGCUAUGGGUUCACCAUCACCCGCGAUGAUGGGCAUUAUCACUUGCUGUGCACGGAGAAUGCCGCGGAUCGCGAUCGCUGGGUGACCCUCUUGCAGGCGCACAUCGAGAUGAUGGCCCCGAUUGAGCUGACCCAGGCCAGCAUCCUGGCCCCCGGGGCCCGGGCGGCCGACCUGCUCACCGGGCUACUCUUCUACCGGUCGAACCGUCUGUCCAAGUGGCGCGCGCGCUUUGCCCAGCUGGACUCGCACUCGUUGCAGAUCUUCAACCGGAGCUUCAAGGACAACAAUUACGAGCAGCCGAUGCUCGUGGUGCCGGUGCUGAGCUGCCUGGUGCGCUCUUCGCCGACCGGCGUGUCGGCCCCCUCGGACGCGCCCUUCCCCAUGGUCAUUCAUUACAAUUCGGCGGCCAGUGGCAUUGGCGCGCCCGGUGGCAACCCGCUCACCGGGGACCCGGCCGACCCGGAGUCCUAUGCUCACCAGGUGGUCCUUUGUGCGGCCACCGAGGCGGAGCGGACCGCCUGGUGCCAGCACAUCGACACACGGUCCUCGACGCUGGCCAGCAGCGAGGCUUCCCGGCGAGCGGUCGGCGGCACUGCGGCCGAUCCCUCCUCGGGCGCAGCGCCUCUGGCUGCCUCCUCGCCCCUGGGCCGGUUGUCUGGCAUGAUGCGCGGCAGCGGCCGUACCGGUAGCACCGCCGAAUUUACCACCACCUCCGACGGGUCGGCCAGCCCUGGCUCCUCCGGGUCGAGCAGCUCGCCUGGCGCCGGGGCCUCCGCCGCCAGCGACGAUAUGGCGACCGCCACCACCACCACCACCACCACCACCACCGCGACGGCUGGUCCCUCGCAUGUGGUCAUCAGUGGCACAUCUGCCUCGAUGAUUGACUUGUCCACCCCGACGUCCCCCUCGCCGUCGGAUGCGGCAACUGCCGCGGCCGCGGCCACGUCGCCGGUUCCCGGUCGGCCGAACCUCUUCGGCCUGUCGAUCGACCAGGCGCCCGACGCCGGAGAUGUCGGCGGGCCGGCCAAUGUCCCGACCAUUGUCUGGCGCUGUGUGACCUUCAUCGAGGCCGAGGCCCUUCGCGAGGAGGGCAUUUACCGUUUGAGUGGGGCCACCGGCAUGCAGAAUGCCAUGCAGCAGCGCUUCGAGCAGGACCCGGCCGGGGCCACCCUCAACCCGGAAGUGGAUAGCCCCCACGCGGUGGCCAACAUCCUCAAGCGCUACUUCCGUGAGUUGCCGGAGUCCAUCCUCACCGGGGCACUGAUGGCCAAUUUCGACACGGCCAGCACGAUCGAGGAUGUGUCCGAGCGGAUGGACUACCUUUGUCUGCUGGUGGGGCACCUGCCCCCCCGGCAGUACACCACCUUGCGCUACCUGUGUGACCACUUCAACCGGGUCCGCGAGCAUGAGAAUGAGAAUCUCAUGCCGUUGCGCAACUUGAACAUCGUCUUCAGCGGGACUUUGCGCAUCCCGCCGCUGGUGUUCACCUCCUUCCUCACCUAUUGGGACAUUAUUUUCGCCUCCGAACGGCCGCUGCAUUACCGCGAUCCGACCACCGAGGAGGGGGCUGAUGGCGAGCUGGCUGAGCCGGCGGCCGUCUCCAUCCCCACCGUCGAGGAGCACUUGACCUCCUUCCGUGCGAGCAUGCUUCUGUCCCAGUCGGACUCGGCCCAGCUGGCGGCCGCUCUCCUUUCGGCUGCGGCCGCUGCCGAGGAGGAGGCCACGGCCGCUGACCCGGUGUCUACCGCCGACACCUCCCAGGUGUGA